UCCCAAUCUGUGUGAAUUUCAAAUUUUGGAGUUGGGUAAGAUGAUUGGUAGUGCUAAAAAGUGUGUUGGACUUUAAUACUUGCAAGUUGAAGAUUCCUCCAGAGAACUCAAAGCCAAUUCUUGUGCAGUGGUUUCUCCAAAAUAGUGAGGAGUCUGUAAUGUUGUGGCACUAUUUAUUAGGAUAGCCAAGUUUCAUGUACUUAGAGAAAAUGUUUUCCUCAUUAUUUAGUAAAAACUCUUGAUGUUCCUAUGGCAUUAAGAAAAGGGAGGAUAACUUGUACUCAACAUCCAAUUGAAAGAUUUGUGUCAUAUGGGAAAUUAUCACAAAAAUACAGGGCAUUAGUAGCACUUGAUAACACAUAUAUUCCAAGAAAUAUGCAAGAAGCCCUUUAACAACCUGAGUGAAAAGCAGCUGUAGCAUUAGAGAUUCAUGCAUUGAUUAAAAAUAACACUUGGAAAAAUUACUACUCUACCAGAAGGAAAAAAACAAGUUGGAUGUAAGUGGAUAAUCUCUAUUAAAUACAAUACUGAUGGGAGCAUCAACCGGUACAAGGCCCGAGUAGUAGCAAAGGGAUUUGCCUAAUCAUAUGGAAAAGACUAUGAAGAGACAUUUGCUCUAGUGACCAAACUUAACUCAGUAUGAGUUAUACUAUCAGUGGCUGCACACUUGGAUUGGCCACUACAUCAGCUAGUUAUUAAGAAUGUUUUUCUAAAUGGAGAGUUAGAAGAGUACGUAUACAUGCAAAUUCCCCCAAAACUUGAAUCAUUCGACACCUUAAACAAGGUGUGCAAGCUUCGAAAAUCCUUGAACGAUCUCAAGCAAUCCCCAAGAGCAUGGUUUGAUAGACUAACUCGAGUUGUCAAAGAAGAUGGAUUCAUACAAGGCCAAUCAGAUCACAGCUGAUGAUAUGAGCAAAUCAAACACUUGAAAGAAGUCUUGGCUAGGGAGUUUGAAGUCAAAGACUUGGGGCAACUUAAGUAUUUUUAGGGAUGGACUUAGCUCGUAAAACGGAUGGAAUAUAUGUUUCUCAAAGAAAAUACACCCUAGAUUUACUCCAAGAAAUUGGAAUGCUUGGGUGUAAGGCUGCCAAUACUCCUAUGGAAUCAGUAAUCAAAAGCAACUUCAAAGAAGGUCCUCUAGUUGACAAAGAUAGCUACCAAAGUCUAGUUGGAAAAUUAAUCUACUUAACUCAUACUCGGCCUGAUAUCGGAUUUUUCGUGAACAUGACAAGUCGCUACAUGACAAGUCCUACUGAAGUUCACAUGAAAGCUGUGAACAGAAUCCUACAGUACCUUAAAGGUACACCAGGUAAAAGUCUUCAUUUCAAGAAAAACUCAAAUAGGGGUAUUGAAGUAUACACUGACUCAAACUGGACUGGAUAUACAUCAGACAGAAAUUCAACUACCGGCUAUUGCUCUUUUGGUACUAUAACCAUUGACCAUGUACCAUCGUGCAAUCAAACAGCAGGCGUCCUAACUAAAGCUCUCCCAAUAAAUACAUAUGAAAAUAUCAGAUCCAAGCUUGGCAUGAUAGAUAUCUACCACCCAGAUUGAGGGGGAGUGUUGAUUAUGAGAUAAAAAAUCAGAAUCAUAGGAUUUUGAUUUGUAUAGUUAUUAGUAUGUAUUAAUUAGGACCUCCGUUUUCUUUUUAUUUCCUUUUAGGAUAGCAUUUAUAGGAAAUCAAUUUUCUGAUUUCUAGCUCUAUUUUGAUUGUACAUAAUUAAAUUACUUGUACUAUUUAUACUUCUUAUGUAAUCAGUUUCAUUAUCACUUUUCUGCAGAGUUUAAUCUAUUGCUAUCCCACAUUAUAGAUAAGAUCAGAGUCAUAAAGGAAGAAAUCGGUGUUCUACCAAGAAGUUACAUAUGAAGUCCUUUUUGCUAUGGUAAUACUUUUUACAACGAAAUUUAAAAAUAAAAUUAAAAUGAAUAUUUUUCUUAGAACAUUGAUUAAAAAAUAACAAGCAUGCCACACCUGUGCUUUUUUUUUUUCUUCUUUCAAAGUUAG